CCCGUCACCAUCGCGUCAUACCAAGCGAGAACACACCAGCAAGAGCACACACAAAGCAAGCGGCAGCUUUGAUCGCGUCGAUCCUAGCGACCUUAAUCGGGCGGGGUUGUUGUUGAUCAGCUGGUCUUCUUCUGCUCGAUCGCGUGAAGGGCGCAGACACUUCCUUGGAUCGGCGGUGAUGUCGAAGGGAGCUGCGGCAUUUGCGCUCGUGUGCCUCGCCGUGAUGGCGGCGGUGGCGGACGGCGCGCUGCUCCCGUGGUUCGGCGACGGCAGGCGCGGGCGCGACGAGGCGGCGGCGGCAGCCGUGUCGCCGCUGUCGGACCUGGGCCUCCUGGCGGACCCGUUCCGGAUCCUGGAGCACGUGCCCUUCGGCUUCGACCGCGACGACGUGGCCAUGGUGUCCCUGGCGCGCGUGGACUGGCGCGAGACCCCCGAUGCGCACGAGAUCGCCGUCGACGUGCCGGGGAUGCGCAAGGAGGACCUCAAGAUCGAGGUCGAGGACAACCGGGUGCUGCGGGUGAGCGGCGAGCGGCGGCGCGCGGAGGAGCACAGGGGCGACCACUGGCACCGCGAGGAGCGCUCCUACGGCAGGUUCUGGCGCCAGUUCCGCCUCCCCGAGAACGCCGACCUCGACUCUGUCGCCGCCAGCCUCGACAACGGCGUGCUCUCCGUGCGGUUCAGGAAGCUGGCGCCCGAGCAGAUCAAGGGCCCGCGCGUCGUCGGGAUCGCCGGCGGGGACAGCGACGGCGACGCCAAGAAGAGCAUCGGUGCGGGCGCCGGGGAGGAGCAUCGGGCCAAGAAGGUCGAGCUGUGAGUAGUGAAUUGAGGAGGGUGACUGACGUACGCGUGCUCGUUGCCGGCAUGAUUUGGAUGUCUACGUGUAUCCUGUAUACAGAGAAGUGUGUCGCGUGUCAUACUUUGCCAUGUAAAUGUGCGAAGUUAACUCGGGAAUAAAAAGUCUCUGAUCUUCCUUUCGUCGAGGAAAAAAA